AUGGCCAAUAGAACACUCUCGUAUGUUGCGGAGAGGUACCUUCAGGGCUGCUGUCUAUCAAGCUUCCCAUGCGGCCAGGGGAGUUUGUCCCAGAAUAAGACAAAGCACAGUGCAGAAGUUUUUAGAACAGCAAAUGCAGAGGACCAGGAAGUUUUCUUCGACGUUUUGAGGUAUCCCACGUCUAUGCUGAGAGACCGCAGACGCUGCAGCUCGCAGAGCCAGGACCCGUCAGAGCCGUGUGUCCUGAUGACGGAACGUCUGAGGAAACUCCAUAGAAACUUCAUCUCCUCCCUAAUUACAAUUAUUCGCAUUCUGGACAAAGGGGUGUCAGUCAUUGAUGAAGGUGUGCUUCAGUUUACCUGUCUGGAAGAGCUGAUCCUGAGUGUUAACACAAUCUCUGACCUUCCAGCAAAGAAUCUGCCAGGCAAACUGCGGGUGCUGGAGCUGUAUGCCAAUCAAGUGUCAAGCCUCCAGGGGUUAAGAGGUCACCCUCUCGUGCACCUGGAACAUCUGGGCCUGGGUAACAACAGGCUUGGCUCGUCCCAGGACCUCCAGGACCUCAGUGCUGUACCUUGGCCAAAGUUGGUAUCAUUGGAUUUGAGCUGGUCAGGUUUUGAUCAGCAAUGUGCCCUGGUUGAUGCCCUCUCUGCUUUGCCCCGCCUGCGCGCCCUCAUCCUGGAGGGCAACCCCCUGACCCUGGCAACCUCAUAUCCAGGUUUUGUGCUGGACAGCCUGCCUCGUCUGCUAUACCUGGAUGAAGCCUGGGUGAGCCCAGAUAAGCGGCAUCACUUUAGCGGACUGGCCCUACAGAGAGGGUCACUGUCUGAGAAAGCUGUUGUGAGUUUCUGUGUUCGGAGAAUGAGGGGACUUCCAGACCCUGCUCCAUUUCAGGAGAGUGGUGCACCUGAAUUUCCUUUUGUCAGCUACAGCUACUUAAUUACCUAUGAAUUUCUUGAUCAGCAGAAAAUUAAGGAAAAAGUAAUCAUUGUCAGGGCUGGAGUACCAAAGGUCUGCACCCCGAGGCAGCCCUGGGCUGACCUGAUUGACUUUAACCACACAAGCCGCCACCAUGUCACUGACCUGUCAGCUCUGAAGAGCCUCUUCCUCCAAGGCCUGUCAGUGUCUGUGGAGGAGGAGAAGGUCCUGUCAUGGCCGGCAUCUCCAACAGAAAACACUGGAGCUAAGCCUGCAGUAGAGAAGAAAGGGGCAGGAAAAGAGCCCACAGACUCAAGCCAGAAACCAAAGGAUAAGAAGAAGAAGAGGGGAGUCUGUUAGGACUUAAUUCAGGAUCCGCCACUCAAACGGACAGUUGGUACAAUCCAUGUGGACCUUCAGGACCUGGUGUUAGGAAAGGACAGAGUUGAUGUGACCGGUAACUUUGGCAUGCUUUUUCCUGAACCAAAUGUCAGCAUGCCACUGACACAGGAAAAGGAUCAGACUAAAAAGAUAAAAGAAGACAAGAAAAAAGAUGACAAGAAAGCCAAACCAGGAAGGUGUGCUACAGCAGGGAAAAGAAAUACAUCUUCCAAAGGUAAGGGACAAAGAGGAAGUGAGGUGGAAGACCCCUCAGACAACAGUAACCCCGCUCAGGCAGAACCACUUACUGUGGAGUUCAGCGUGUGUCUUGAGAAAUGGCUGUGUGCUUCACAAGCCACUGCAUACAAUGAAAUGUAG